ACGAACCAUACCCUUUCUAGGUUCUCUCAAAUGGCAAUUUUUGGUCUAUGUCAUAGGUGACGUCAGAUUAAUACUAUUAAUAGAUCAAAACAAACAAAUUGGAGAGACAAUUUAGCCGAGCCAUGGCCGGUCAAAACAUGUCUAGCAAGUUCAGAGGCUGUUUAGUGGGUUCAUUGUUUGGGGACUGCAUGGGAGCCCCAUUUGAAGGCAAUGAUAUCUCAAGCGGAGAUAAACUCGUUAUACAAAGAUAUUUCGAUAGAAUGGAAGAUCCCAACUUUAAGGGACCAUUCAAAAAAUACACUGAUGAUACCGCAAUGAUGAAAAGCGUAGCGCAGUUUCUAAUUGAUACACCCGAACCAGAUUUAAAACACUUGGCCGAACUCUUUACAAAUGAGUUCUUUAAACAGCCCAGAAGAGGAUAUGGAGGAAGCGUCGUUUCAGUUUUCGAGAAACUAAGAAAGUCCAAGUUUAAUGACAUUUUUUUACCAUCUAAAGAGCAGUUUAAUGGCCAAGGGUCUUAUGGAAACGGAGGAGCCAUGAGGAUAGCUCCCAUACCCUUGUAUUUUCACGACGAUUUUGACAAUAUGUUAAAUAUCGCCGCUGAAUCCACCAAAAUAACUCACAGUAACGAAUUAGGGAUACACGGAGCUCUAUUGCAAUGUCUGGCAGUACAUCAGGCCUUUUUGGCUGAUCCUAAUACCCCAAUAAAUGUUGAUGAGUUUUGUAACAAACUGUUAGAAAAAAUGAAGGCUAUUGAAAGAAGUUAUUACAAUGACGUUGAAUCAGACAGUGAUACUCCAUAUUGCGAAAGAAUCAAGUUGAUUCAAAAGUUUUUAUCCACAAAAUAUUCCGACGAGUAUGAUGAUGAGGUCAUUAGGGAUUUAGGAAACGACAUAUCCGCUUUUGAAUCUGUCCCUACCGCAAUUUUUUGUUUUCUGAGAGCUCAGAACACGAUUCCUGGCAUAAAGACUGAUAAUAUAUUCAGAAGAACCAUACAAUAUGCGAUAACAUUAGGAGGAGAUACUGAUACAAUAGCAUGCAUGGCAGGUGCAAUUGCAGGAGCUUAUUUAGGAGAAGAAUCAAUAAAUAAAGCUAUUUUGCAACACUGUGAAAAAGUGGAGGAUAUUGUUAAAUUAGCUGAUAGUUUAUAUGCCGCCAGACCUCAUGAUGGUAAAGGAUAGUUAAUUAUUAUUUAUUAUAAUUAACAUUAUUGUUUGUUUUGUUAGUAGUUGUUAAGUAAGCUUUGUAAGUAAUUAUUAGGCAAAAAAAAGUGAUUAUAUUAUAUCACCAUAUUGUAAAUAUUUAUACUUUUACACCUAAUUCACACAAAAAUGAAUCAGCACAUAAAUUUUUGCAAAAAUACAUGACUUUUAUAGAAAAACGUGCUUCUUAAGUAUUAAGUACCUUUAUAAGUAUAGUUAAAGAGAAAAAUGGAAGGUUUUUUCCUAAUGGAACAUGAAAAUAUAAAUUAUUUUUAAAAUGAAUAACAAACUAUAUAUACAGAUUUUUAAUUUU